AUGUCAGAACAACAAUUAGUAGAAUAUAUUUCAAAAGCAGUAAUUUUUAACGAUGAUAAUUUUCUGGCUUUCAACAAGCCGUAUUCAUUACCUUACGCUUCAGCGGCACCAAACAGUUUACAAAUUGAUCGCGUUUUACAGGAACUGAAGCACCGGUUCUCUGUUAAAACUGGUUACUUACGUGUUUUAAAGCCGGUUGAUAAACAGGUGUCUGGUGUUCUUACCCUGACUUUAUUUGAAGGCUGGGUGAAUUUCAUUUUUAGAGAUGGUUCCGUUUAUAAAAGUAUUGCUGAGAAGUACAAAGCUGGUCUAGUGGAGCAACAUUAUCGCGCUAUUUUAAGCCGAGUUCCACGACAAGAAGAGGCUAUUAUAAAUGUGCCUUUGGUAAAGACAGUUAGGGAACAAAAUGUUCAGAUGAAACCGAUUCAGUUCAGUGGAAGAAAAGGAGAUGCAUUGUUUGGCAAUACUCACUAUAAAGUUAUAUCUGACAAUGGUUUUUCCGCAUACGUUAAAUGUAUUGUCAAAGAUGAUUUUACUCAUCAGAUUAGAGCUCAUCUUGGAUGGGGCUUAGAAUGUCCUAUCCUCGGCGACAAAAAGUAUGGAGGUCGCAAGGAGUACUGGCUGAGGAAGCUUCACCCAAAGAUAAUGGAUCUUUUGAAUUUGUCAGGUAAUCAGCACCAUCGUCUGCCCUUGUAUCUACAUCUUCAUGAAGUGGUUAUCCCUUACCGGGGUUAUGGAACUGGUUCGUUGUUUCUGAAGGCACCAAUUCCUGAAUUUUUUUCUUACACUUUGAAAAAGCUUCGGCUUCUUGUUAAAUGA